AUGAGGGGCGGCUCAUCCCGUGCCGCAAAGUUUGGCUGUGGCGGCAAAUGGGCUUGGGCGGCUCCUGAGCGGGCGGUGGCGGCCACUGAAGCCGUUCCUCGGUGCCCCGCGGAUGCCGCGGCUCCAGUCCAAGAUCAUGGCUCCCUAAAACCGUCGGGCAGGGGUGGGGUGGGGACGGGACCGGCCAUGUCUGAGGUGACCCGGAGUCUCCUGCAGCGCUGGGGCGCCAGCUUCAGGAGGGGCGCCGACUUCGACUCGUGGGGGCAGCUGGUGGAAGCGAUAGACGAGUACCAGAUAUUAGCAAGACAUCUUCAGAAAGAAGCUCAGGCUCAACAUAAUUCAGAAUUCACAGAAGAGCAAAAGAAGACCAUUGGUAAAAUUGCAACAUGCUUGGAAUUACGAAGUGCCGCCUUACAGUCCACACAGUCUCAAGAUGAAUUUAAACUGGAGGACCUGAAAAAACUAGAACCAAUCUUAAAGAAUAUUCUUACUUAUAAUAAAGAAUUCCCCUUUGAUGUACAGCCUGUUCCAUUAAGAAGAAUUUUAGCACCUGGUGAAGAAGAGAAUUUGGAAUUUGAGGAUGACGAUGAAGAGGGUGGUGCUGGAGCAGGGUCUCCAGACUCCUUCCCUGCUAGAGUUCCAGGUACUUUAUUACCCAGGUUGCCAUCUGAACCAGGAAUGACGUUACUCACUAUCAAAAUUGAGAAAAUUGGUCUGAAAGAUGCUGGGCAGUGCAUUGAUCCCUAUAUUACAGUUAGUGUAAAGGAUCUGAAUGGCAUAGAUUUAACCCCUGUGCAAGAUACUCCUGUGGCUUCAAGGAAGGAGGAUACAUAUGUUCACUUUAAUGUGGACAUUGAACUUCAGAAACACAUUGAAAAGUUAACCAAAGGUGCAGCUAUUUUCUUUGAAUUCAAACACUAUAAGCCUAAAAAAAGGUUUACCAGCACCAAAUGUUUUGCUUUCAUGGAGAUGGAUGAAAUUAAACCUGGGCCAAUUAUAAUAGAACUAUACAAGAAACCCACUGACUUUAAAAGAAAGAAACUGCAGUUGUUGACCAAGAAACCACUUUAUCUUCACCUCCAUCAAACUUUGCACAAGGAAUGACCAUGGCAUGUAUUAUCUUGAAACUUCAGUGAUCUGAACCCUUCACUACAAAAUCAUGGUAGCUCUAUGUAGCACAUUGAUCCUUCAGUAGGCUCCUAGGAAACCAGCCCUCCUCGUGCCAACAAAUGAAAAAUGAGAUCCGUUCUACAGCUGCACCACAGAAAUGUUCACAGCCCUACCCAUCACUGGAGGCCACAUCUACAGCAUUCAUUCAUAAAAAACUCCUUUGGCCUACAGGAUUUUCCAGAUUUUUAAAAAUCUUUGAAUUGUGUAAAAGGUUUUAAAUUUACUUACUAGAGGAAACAACACCUGAGGCAGCCAAGAAAAACUUAACAGCCUUGCAGGAUUUACUCUCCUAAUUCACUUCUGCUUCAAUGCAUUCCUUUGAAUCCAUGUAUUUAUUUCCAGGUCUCUAUUGCUUUGUGUUAAGAGUAGGAAGAGAGCAGCACAAGAGAAAUUUACCAGGUACCAGAAUUGAUAAAUUGGUAUAUGGUUUAUGGUUUAUAUCAGGGGUAGCUCACACCACUUAAUCUUACCAGGUGAUUGGUUUUGGGGAGACUACAGAAGAAUUCAUAACUUUACUAUGAACAUAGUUCUUGAAAUCUCACUGUUUCCAUAUUUCAGCAGCACCAAAUGACUUGAGAUUAAAAUUAUUUGAAGAGCUGGAUUCUUUUUAGAUAUUUAAGGAAAUGGUCAUCUAGGUUUUUUCUUAUUUAAAAGCUCUUCCUCAACCAAUAGUGAUUCUAGAAUGACAAAUAAAAACAAAUAGAACCUAGAGUGUGUCUACAUAAUUUAGGUUUUGAGACAAGUGUUCAGCUACUACUGUGUGGUUGAAAAAAACCUUUCAUACAUUUCUAAGACAUCUCAUCCAAAAAUGACUGAAUUCAAUCAGUUCCCAUAAGAGACUUUGCAGGAGUAACUUGCUGCUUUUCUGAAAACUGAUUAUGAAUCCUUUUAAAACCUGCAUACCUCUUAGAGUGAUUUGUAUGCAAGUCUGAAAAGUUCAAUUAAAUUUUGUUUCUGAGAUAGAUAGCUAGGAUUACCAUUUAUUUUCUAUUCAGAUGUAUUAAAGUCAUCUAUAUGAAAAGAUGCAGGUCAUUAGCUUAUAAUUUUAAUAUCUACAUAAUUUUUUUACUUAAUAAAGGGACAUAAACCCAAAAUAGACCUUUCAUAUACAUAAUAGGUGGGAUAUUUAAUACAGUAAGAGGUCUAUGCUGUGCUUUAUGUGGAUUAUAUGUAGUAUGCACAAACUUUCAUAUGCACUUGUAUAAUAGUUGUUUUUUUUAAAUCCAGCACCAGGUGAAAGCAUUGUCAAUACUUGCUUUUUUAUUGUAUAAUCAUUCGUACCACUCAGCUCAUUUGCUUUCUGUACCUCAUAAUUCUAACCAGUUGUAUAGCAAUUUUAUUAGGUAAAUUCAUCAAAAUAAUUCAAUUUGUCCCCUUUUGCUCUAAGGAAUAUAUUCUUUGCUUUUAGCUCUCCCUUUAGGUCAGCUUUGUUUAUGCUGGAUAGACAGUUAAAAUUAAAUCACCAAUAGUUGAUAAAAUUUCUCUUUCUUCCGACUUAUUUCAAAAGAGUUCUUGCAUUUUGAGCUAACAAAUUUCUUGAUUUUAAACUCAAAAACAGGUAUCUCAUUAUCUUCAAAUAAUGUAAAAUUCCCAUAGUGCUAUGAAUACUUUUAAGUAUGUAGUAAAUCUUGAUAAGAUCUAAAAACCAUCCCUAAAAGAACUUAAAAUUGAUGAAAAUGUAAUGAAAAUGGCAUUUUGUUUUCCUUCAAAUAAAAUUAAAGAAAUGUGCAAGUAUCAUUUCUGCUUCACAAGUAUGGUUUAGAAGCACCAGUGCCUUAGGAAGACCAUUUGAAGAAGUUUUAAGUUUGAUCAUACUUCAGUUUUCUGAUGUAAGCCCUUGGUAUUGCAGAACACCAACUAUUCACUUAAUUUCUCUACCUUUUGAUGUGUCCCAAAGUCUUAGUAAUUUAUAGUCUUCCUUUAUGUGAUGAAUUUUUUUCACUGACAGAAAUCCAAUACAGUGAGCAAUAAUCACACUAUACAUUUGUCUUUCCAUGUAGAGCGCGGCUGGAUUCACAAAAAUAAGAUGGCUUUGUGCAGUUGAAUGAAUUUUACAUGGUAGCACUAGAAAGUUAGUAAAUAAACAUGGUUGGAUGGGAUGACUACUGUAGUACAAUACAGCUUUUUUUGGAGUGCACUCUAAUAAUUGAAAAUAAAAAUGAUUUGUGAUAUAUCUACAGUGGUGCUCUAUUUUGGACUUUUCAGGGGGUGGGGGAUGGUGCAACUAGUAUGUGACUGGAAAGUUUUAUGAUGUUUAUGGACUGGUUCACAUUGGCUCAUGUUAGGCUUGAGUUUUCCUAAAUUUCACUGGUAAGAUCACAUGAGUUUUCCUAAAGAGCAUACCAUAAAAAUUACUUGAGAAUAAAAUUAUUAUGGAAAGGGAAAGAGUUCUCAUUCUGAGUAAGUGAUUAAGUUGGAUUAAGCUUUGCUACUGUGAUAUUUUCUACCUAACUGGAAUCUGUAUCCAACUGGUGUGUUUACAACUUUUUGACUCAGCAUUGUGUUACAUGUCCAAGUAUCAUAGGUAUUCAAUUUCAAAUAGGUAUACAAAGUUUGUGUUUGUGGAUCAAGUAAUAAAACUCUGUUAUUUUACUAAUGUUAA